UUACUCUCUGAAUGAAAAUGCAGUAUGAAAUUUCGGUGGAAACUGUUUCUGACCACGUUAGCGAUUAUUUACCUGUUGGUACUAUUUUCUCUCUAUACACAAUUUCAUGGACCUCUGGCGCAGCUUGGAUACGAUAGGCCCAAGUACCAAACUGAACAGCUUGGAUACGAUAGGUCCCCGUUCCAUACUCAACUAGUGCAUAAAGUUUCCAAAAUUGACAAAAAAGUAACUUUUCAGAAAUUGUAUCUACAAAAUAUCAAUAUUUCUCAGGACAGUACCUUGAAAGAAUGGUCAAAAGCAGAAACUUCUUUCUGCGAAAACAGAUUUAAGGGGUUUGCCCAUUUAUUUGCCAUAUUAAGCGACGUUUUCCUGGAUCCUUCCUUUAGCGCUGGUCCUCCAGGUGGAGAAGAAAUCAAAAAUGUUAUUAAUCAGUCAGAGGAGAAGGAAUUCUUAAUACUCAAGCCCGGUUAUUUUCAAAUCCAGUGUAAAAAUAAGAAUUUCCAGUAUAUGUUUCCAAGAAGUGAUCACCUAGCUAAAUGGAUUUCGGCUUUGAGACCUGCAUUAACAUUUACCUCACUGGAAGAAGAUGUUCACAAUAUUACAAUAGCAGUGACGCGAUAUGAAUACACCAAUAUAUAUCACACUAUGACGGACUGGUACAAUGCAUUUUUGAUGCUUUUAUUUUUUAACAUGGAAAGUUUAACUGCUAACAUUUUGUUUGUAGACAGUCAUCCACAAGGAGGCUUAGAUUCUGUCUGGACUACUUUGUUUGGAGAAUUCAUACGCGCUGGACAGUUAAAGAAACCUAAGCAUUUUAAAUCUCUGAUAUGCAGUAUUCAGGGAUACAGAAGUCCAAUGUAUGACCAUUUUUUGCCAACUCUACCACAUAUUGAAUCAUUUAAACAUUUCUUUUUGAGUAAACAUAACAUUCCGUUGACAAAAACACUAAAUUGUGAUAAAUUAUCCAUUCUUUUUAUUUGGAGGAGGGACUAUGUUGCGCAUCCCCGAAAUCCGAAAGGACUUGUAAGUCGAAAAAUAAAAAACGAGAGAGACUUACAACAGUUUUUACAAAAAUUUUACCCUACUCACUCCAUUGCCAGCGUACAAACUGAUAAAUUGUCUAUGCAAGAUCAGCUCUCUGCAAUUGCAAACACUGAUAUUCUCAUAGGAAUGCACGGAGCAGGCCUAACAUUGGCUUUGUUUCUACCAAAACAUGGGGGUCUUAUUGAACUUUAUCCGAAAUACUGGUCUUCCGAUAAUCACCAUUUUAGGGCUAUAGCUCGAUGGCAAAAUCUUCAUUAUAGACACUGGCAAAAUUUGGAUGGUAAUAAUGAAUUUCCCGAUCAUUAUACACACAUACCUCCUUCUGUGAUACAAACUCACGUGUCAGCAAUUAUAAAUGAUAUGUGCAAAUCUAAAAUGAAAGUAAAAUGAUUAACAUUUAUGUAUACAUACAUUAUGAAUAUGAAAUAUUUUCAAUAUAUGUCCAAAAAAAAACUCUAUAUGAGUGUAUGUUUUCAUUUUUUCUGUUGAUAUUUUGAUUCCAAUUUAAUUUUUCAAAUAAGUGUAAAUUAGAAGCUUUUAAGCGCUUGCUAUCAAAUGUCAUAUGCUCCAUCGUCAUAUACGUCGAACUCGGAAGAAUUGUUUAAUGAAAUUUA